GCCUUUGUAGCAUUUUAAAACUGGCUUUCCAUUGUAUCUGUUGUGUGACUGAAGCCUAGGCUUUAGAAGCAGGUAUAGGAAUUAGAUCCAGCCAGUCAAGGCUCACACAGUGAUUAGACUUGACCAAAGCAAGUAUUUACUUAAAGCUAAUUAUGUUGCCAAAGUGAACAUUCUGGGAAUUCUGAUGCCUGGAAGGUAGCUGGGAUUGUAUGGAAAGUAUGUAGUUUUGGAGUAAUUGGCAAUCUUCUUGCCCCUGUGAAAUGAGAGCCUGCUUAGAAGGGAGAGCAACACAGAAGGAAUAGAACCACAAAUAGGGAAAUAUCCCUGACCAGAUCAUUUGGUCCUUGGAUCAAACUGUGCCUAAAGCCAGAACCCCCACCUUAGAUUUCUCAGUUUCAUGAGCCAAAAGCAUUUUCUUUUUGUUCAAGUCAGAUUGAGUUCAGUUUUUGGUCACUUGCCAACUCGAUUAAUAUAAAGUAAGCGGAAGAAAUGGAGUCAUUGAAUCAAACUGAAAGAGAAUGAAUGACCUGCAAGAAAGGAAGAAAAUCCAGAGAAGAGUCAAAGAAAGCAUUCAAGAGUACAUCUUCAGCAAUUUGAACAAUUUCCAUGAGGAAAUUAAUUAGUGUCAAGGAAAGGACACAAGAAGCUUGUCAUACAAGAUACGUGGAUUUGAACGACAUUUUAUAACUCAUCUAUACCUACAAUGCCACCAUCCAAUGGAGGUCCACUUGGAUACAUGCCCCCAGAUGGAGGCUGGGGGUGGGCAGUGGUUGUUGGAGCUUUCAUUUCCAUUGGCUUCUCCUGUGCAUUUGGCAAAUCCAUUACUGUAUUUUACAAAGAAAUUGAAGAAAUAUUUAAAGCCAGCAGUAGUGAAGUUUCAUGGUUAUCUUCCAUCGCAUUUGCUGUCAUGUAUGCUGGAGGUCCUAUCAGCAGUAUCCUGGUGAAUAAAUAUGGCAGUCGUCCAGUCGUCAUUUUUGGCGGUUGCUUGUCAGGCUGUGGCUUGAUCGCAGCUUCCUUCUGUAACACCAUGCAGCAACUUUACCUGUGCAUUGGAGUCAUUGGAGGUCUUGGGCUUGCCUUCAACUUCAAUCCGGCUCUGACCAUAAUUGGCAAGUAUUUCUACAAGAGACGACCGUUGGCAAAUGGACUGGCCAUGGCAGGCAGCCCUGUGUUCCUCUGUGCCCUGGCCCCCCUCAACCAGGCCCUUUUUGCUACCUUUGGCUGGAGAGGAAGCUUCCUAAUUCUCGGGGGCAUCCUACUGAACUGCUGUGUGGCUGGAGCCCUGAUGAGGCCCAUAGGGCCCAAGCCAGCUGGUGCCGGGAAAGAGAAGUCUAAAGAAUCCCUUCAGGAAGCUGGAACACCUAAUGCAAAAACGGGGGCAGGUGAUGCAAAUAUCGAAGUUAAUGGCUUAAACCCCUCAAAGGAGAAACAAUCAGUUUUUCAAACAGUUAACCAGCUUCUGGACUUAUCCCUGUUCAAGCACAGAGGCUUUAUGCUCUACCUCUCUGGGAAUGUGCUCAUGUCUUUUGUGCUGGCUACACCUUUGGUCUUUCUUAGUAAUUAUGCCAAGAGUCAGCAUCACUCUAGUGAGAAGGCUGCCUUCCUUCUUUCCAUUCUGGCUUUUGUUGACAUGGUAGCCAGACCCACUAUGGGACUUGUAGCCAACACAAAGUGGGUAAGACCUGGAAUUCAGUAUUUUUAUGCUGCUUCUAUUAUUGCAAAUGGAGUGUGUCAUAUGCUAGUACCUUUAGCCACCAGCUAUCUAGGGUUCUGCCUCUAUGCAGGAUUCCUUGGAUUUGCUUUUGGGUGGUUUGGCGCCGUGUUGUUUGAGUCCCUGAUGGACCUACUUGGAUCCCAGAGAUUCUCCAGUGCUGUGGGAUUGGUGACCAUUGUGGAGUGCGGUCCUAUCCUCCUGGGGCCACCGAUUUUAGGUCGUCUCAAUGACAUAUACGGAGACUAUAAAUACACAUACUGGGCAUGUGGCAUAAUCCUGAUCAUCUCAGGCAUCUAUCUCUGCAGCAUGGGCAUUCAUUUUCGACUUGUGGCAAAAGAACAGAGGGCAGAGGAGAAGCAGGAAAAGGAAAGGAAAGAGAUGGAACCAAAAGAAGUUAUUAAAGCAGCAGAAUCUCCAGACUUGAAAGGCAUAGACGAUGGAACCAAAGAGGAUAAGCUCUGAAGUUGGAUAAAGCGAAGCUUUGGACCAAAGAUACCUGAAAAAUUUUCCUCCAUCAUGUUCUGUUCUUGGAGCUCACCAUGGACAGUGGGUAUUUGUGGGAAGUCAUGCCAAGUGUUCACUGAUGAAACUUUUAUUUCCUUCCUUUACAUGAGUCAUAAAUAUGUCACUUCUUUAGGUGGUAGGGAUUUGGAAAAGAUGACAGAAGGAAAUAGGUUUUAUUUGAAGUCAUAUUUAUUAAGAUAUACAUUACAUGCUAUGUAAACAAAUCCCUCUUAUAAGAAUAAAGUUUGGGAGUUCCCAUUGUGGCUCAGCAGGUUAAGAACCCGACGUAGUGUCCAUGAGCACAUGGGUUCGAUCCCUGGCCUUGCUCAGUGAGUUAAGGAUAGGGCAUUGCCUCACGCUGCAGCGUAGGGCAUAGAUGGGGCUUGGAUCCAGUGUUGCUGUAUCUGUGGUGUAAGCCAGCAGCUGCAGUGCCAAUGUGGCCCUUACCCUGGCAACUUCCAUAGGCCGCAGCUGUGGCUGUAUUUUAAAAAAAAAAAUUAAAAAGAAUAGUGAAUUUUGACAAAGGUGUUGAGUCAGAUAACCUCCUAAUAUAGAACACAUUGAACAGUCAAAAUAAUUCCUUUCUGCUCCUUUGCAGUCAAUCCCCUCCUCUUCACUAUAGCCCCCAGGGCCACUGAUCUGGUUUCUGUCCCUGAAGUUUUGGAAUGGAAUAAAUGGAAUCACAUGGUAUGUAACUGAGGUAUUUAGUAGAUAUUUGGUCUUUAUUCUCAGUGUCUGGUAUAUAACUCCUAGAACCCUUGGAACCUCAGGAGUGAUCAGAAUGUCUUUUGCAUGCUAAUUCAGUGACUGGUAGCUGGAGACUCCUUUUUUUUUUUUUUUUGUCUUUUUAGGGCCCACUGGCGGCAUAAAGAAAUUCCCAGGCUAGGAGUCAAAUCAGAGCUGCAGCUGCCAGCCUACACCACAGCCACAGCAAUGCAGGAUCUAAGCCUUGUCUGCCACCUACACCACAGCUCAUGGCAAUGCCAGAUCUUUAACCCCACUAAGCAAUGUCAGGGAUCAAACCCAAGUCGACGCUAGUCAGGUUCGUUAACCGCUGAGCCACAACGGGAGCUCCUGGAGACUCCCUUCUUCACUUCAGGAUGGGGCUGGUCUCCAGGAAGGACAAGGCCUGAUGAGAGGCCUGAUGCUUUCAGUCCCCCUGCCGCCCUCGGGGAAGGGAGGGAGGCUGGAAGUUGAGUUCAGUCACUAAUGGCCAGUGGUUUCCUCAGUCACACCCAU